AUGGCAAUGCUGGUGGAUCCUCCGAAUGGCAUGGGAAACCAAGGGAAGCACUACUACUCAAUGUGGCAAACCUUGUUUGAGAUUGACACCAAGUAUGUGCCUAUCAAGCCCAUCGGCCGAGGAGCUUAUGGAAUAGUUUGCUCAUCCAUAAACCGUGAGACAAACGAGAAAGUAGCGAUAAAGAAGAUACAUAAUGUAUUCGACAACCGUGUGGAUGCACUAAGGACCUUGCGGGAGCUGAAACUCCUCCGGCAUCUCCGCCAUGAGAAUGUUAUUUCUUUGAAGGAUAUAAUGAUGCCUGUACAAAGGAGGAGCUUUAAGGAUGUGUACUUGGUUUAUGAGCUCAUGGAUACUGACCUGCAUCAGAUAAUCAAAUCGCCUCAGGGGCUUUCCAAUGACCACUGCCAAUAUUUUCUUUUUCAGCCCAGGUUGCAGCCCUUUAGAUUGACAGCUGGACAGAAGUUGCUUCGAGGACUGAAAUACCUCCAUUCAGCAGAGAUACUCCACAGAGACCUAAAACCUGGGAACCUACUGGUGAAUGCAAACUGUGAUCUGAAGAUAUGUGAUUUUGGUCUUGCACGUACAAACAGUAGUAAAGGCCAGUUUAUGACUGAAUACGUCGUCACCCGCUGGUAUAGGGCUCCUGAGUUGCUGCUUUGCUGUGACAACUACGGCACUUCCAUCGAUGUUUGGUCUGUUGGCUGCAUCUUUGCUGAGCUACUUGGCCGCAAGCCUAUUUUUCCUGGGACAGAGUGCCUCAAUCAGCUAAAACUGAUAGUCAAUGUUCUUGGCACCAUGAGCGAGUCUGACCUGGAGUUCAUCGACAACCCAAAGGCUCGCAGAUAUAUCAAGACCCUUCCCUACACUCCCGGUGUUCCACUCGCAAGUAUGUACCCACAUGCACAUCCUCUGGCCAUCGAUCUAUUACAGAAGAUGCUCAUCUUCGAUCCUACUAAAAGGAUCAGUGUUACCCAGGCCCUUGAACACCCUUACAUGUCUCCUCUUUAUGACCCAAGUGCAAACCCUCCCGCGCAAGUGCCCAUCGAUCUUGACAUAGAUGAGAACAUCAGCUCAGAGAUGAUCAGGGAAAUGAUGUGGCAGGAGAUGCUUCACUACCACCCUGAAGCCGCCACGGCAGUAAACAUGUGA